CUUGUGUCUUGAUGGCUUGCCCAUAAUCGCCAGUUUCGCCUUGAAAACAUGGCGCUACUGCAGCUAUCCGCCGAGCCUCAUUUCUUAAACGUGGAGAAGCUACCACGGGCAACAAACAGCCAGCUCAAAGCAACCUCUCAGCUUCCUCAAAUUCAACCUUUACAAUAAAUCGCAAAUCAUUGAAUUUAUUGAUUAAGAAUUUAAAUUUACAAUGUCCUCCGAUCUUGACAAACAGCCAAUCUCUUCCAAACACCUCACGAAGGCAGAGCGCAUCAAACAACUCAAUGAAAUUGACCAGAGCAUCACAAAACUUCUUGAAUCUGCCAGCCUGGCAAUCAAGUCUCUAACGUCCAUCAAUUCACCGUCCGAAACGUCUGCCAGCCGCCGAGAAACAUUUACGGCCGCAACAGACACAUAUCUCAAAGACCUACAUUCUGUCGACGUUCGCCUCAAGCGCCAAAUCAAGGGGCUUGAUGACGCCGGUGUAAUAAAAGCGGAACCCGAGACUGAAGAGGAAGGCGACAAGGGAAAGCAAGCGCCGGAAACCAAGAAUGGCGCGAUAGAUGUUGGAUGGCUUAAUACUCGGGGCAAUAAGGUCGGCAGGGACAUGGAGGCAGAGCUUUGGGAGAAGGCACGGAAUUUUUUGGACGGUUUAGAAGCCAAAAAGUCUGGUGGUUCUCUGCCCGGUCAGGAUGGAAGGGGAACGGAAGGCCGUGGGGAAUCCAAUGGCGAUGCUAUGGACACUUCAUGAUUAUGGAAAGGACACCAUAUAAUUUGUUAUCUGGAUACAAAUAAGAUCUUAUAUACGCCAACAAAAAUCAGACUCGUGCAAGCAGAUACCCUGGUAUUCGAGGUUUAAUUUCUGCUCUCAUCAUAAUAGCCACCUCAUAAGAAGGCGGCGAGAAGCAAGGCGCAGCUAUGCAUUCCUGUAUGGCAUAGAGGGGA